GUGGACAAAGCCCUGAUGGCCUUGCUCAGAGUCCUGUCCUCUGGCCUCCAGCCUCCAGACCCUGCUGGAGGAUCAGACUCCAGUCCUCUCCCUCCAGGACCUGCUCCUCACUCCUCCUUGUCCCCUGCACCUCCUGCAACGACCAGCACGACCGCCACACCUUGCACUCAUGGUGUCUUCCCACCACCUCCAGGGGCCUUGCUGACACUCAGAGCCUCCUCUUCCCACCAAGAGACAGGAGGCGGUUUCCUGCCCUCACGUGCCGCUAACGACCAAGACAGGUGGUACCCGCCCCAGGCCCCGCCGCAGGUCCGCGCUCGCGUGGGCCCGGGUUCACUGGGGCACGGCUUCUGCGCAGUGUCUGCACCAGGGGGUACCGGCCCAGGCCCUGUGCGUACCAUUGCGAGGCACCUGACCCGGAACAACCUUCUUGCUUCCUGCGUGAGUUCCCUCCAAAACGGACUGGAAUCCACCCUGUCCCACCUCCUCUGCGAUUCUGCAGAGUCUCUGGACUACGGCUGUGCCCACACCACCAAGCACCUGGAGACCUGGACCUCAGAGCUCUGCAUUGGCCAGUGAGGAUAACCUCUGUUUUGCUUCCUGAAAAUAUCCCUGUCUUCUGAAAGCUUGUAGAAAACACUCAAUAAAUGUUUGUAAACUCAUAAUAAAUGAAUAGAUGUUUGGAUAAGCA